AUGCAUGGAUUAGCAGCUGUGGCCAUGCAGGAGUCUGGAGUGCCAGAAGAACACCUGACAGCCUUCAUUGCUCAGACCCAGGAGUUCCAGGAUGCCAACCAUGAGGCUGCAGGUGACAUCCUUGUGGCUCUCUGGGAUCACUUUCCAGCAAAAGUGCUGACCAGACUCCUGGAUAGCUUUCAGGAACGGAUUCUCCCAUAUCACAGCAUUCUCUACGUCCUGGGGAAACUGGCCAACAAAGCCUUUUCCGAGAGCGACAUGGCAAAGAUUGAUAUCUGGGAGCAAAUGCUGCAGAAGUUUGUGAAUGAGAGACUCUCUUUUGUGAGUGAGAAAACCUAUCUACAGACGUUGAGAGCAGAAAUCCAGAAGGAGGACCAGAAACGCAAAAGCUGGGAUCUUGAGAAGCUUUUCUUCUACCAGUACUAUGGCUUCACCCUCCGUGCUUCACAGGAUUGUAAUCUGGUCCGGGAGCAUCUCUGUACCAUCCUGGCCUUGUCUCAGAGUCACAGGGGACCUUUGGAAGCAAAGGGCCUGCCAUGGGAGACCCUCCUCCUCUCUUAUGGACAGGUGGCCUUGAGGAGCAAGAUGCAGGUGCUCUCAUGGGCAAACAAAAUUGUAUCUCAGUUGAUUAUACCCUUCACUUCUGACACACCGGACAUAGACAUGAAGAAGACCUUCCUGCUGGCAGUUCAGAUGCUCUUGGAGGCCAUUGAAGCCACAGGCAAAGGGCAUGACCUUACCCUGGACAUGAAAUCACAGCUGGUGGAAUGCCUGACUAUCGUGAUACAAGAGGAGCCCAUUCAGAAGCUGGCCAGCACAGUGUGCCAGGAAGCCAUGCACAUGGUGGCGCAGCUCAGUAAACUGAAGCCUCCAUUGGGAAAAGACACGAAGUCCCGCCUCCUCUGCACCAUCUUCCAGACCGUAUUUGCUUUGCCCCCGCUAGACACAUUGCAAGACAUCAGUGACAAAGCCCUGUUCUGCCAGACCAUGGGCACAGUUGAGAGGAUGCUCCAGGGGUUGGUCAUGGAGGAUCCAGGGAACUGUAACCUGGCGCACAUGCUGGAGGCAUGCAAGAAGAAGAGCUUGUUCCCACUUUGUUGA